AUGUUCGUGUCUAACAAUGCCUGCUCAGUGCCUACUUCUUUCUGGCUCACCGGCAUCCCAGGGCUGGAGUCCCUACAUAUCUGGCUCUCCAUACCCUUCAGCUCCAUGUAUCUGGUGGCUGUCGUGGGGAAUGUGACCAUCCUGGCUGUGAUAAAGGUGGAGCGUAGCCUGCACCAGCCCAUGUACUUCUUCUUGUGCAUGUUGGCCAUCAUUGACUUGAUCCUGUCAACCUCUACCAUGCCCAAACUGCUAGCCAUCUUCUGGUUUAGUGCCCACAGCAUUGACUUCAAUGCCUGCUUGGCCCAAAUGUUCUUCAUCCAUUGUUUUGCUACGGUUGAGUCAGGCAUCUUCCUUGCCAUGGCUUUUGAUCGCUAUGUGGCCAUCUGUGACCCACUUCGCCAUACCACAGUGCUAACCAGUGCAGUGGUGGGUCAUUUGGGCCUGGCUGCUCUCCUUCGGGGCGUGCUCUACAUUGGCCCCCUGCCCCUGAUGAUUCGCCUGAGACUGCCCCUUUACCGGACCCAAAUCAUUGCCCACUCUUACUGUGAGCACAUGGCUGUGGUCACCUUGGCCUGUGGUAACACAACAGUCAACAACUUCUAUGGAAUGGGAAUUGGCUUCCUGGUAUUGAUACUGGAUUCAUUAGCCAUCGCUGCCUCCUAUGUGAUGAUUUUCAGAGCUGUGAUGGGGUUGGCCACCCCUGAAGCCAGGCUUAAAACCCUGGGGACGUGCGGUUCUCACAUUUGUGCCAUCCUUGUCUUCUAUAUCCCCAUUGCUGUCUCCUCUCUCACUCACCGCUUUGGCCAUCAUGUGCCUCCUCAUAUCCAUAUCCUUUUAGCCAAUUUUUAUCUCCUCAUCCCACCUAUCCUCAACCCAGUUGUCUAUGCUGUCCGCACAAAACAGAUUAGAGAGAGACUUCUCCGCAUUCUUAAGUCAGGGUCUCAACCCAAGUGA